GACUCGCGAAGGCUCUCCGGGAGGCGCAGCGGUUUUCUGGGAGAAAGGGGCGAAGCCGCUCCCCUCGGCUUGCCUCCGGCCCUUUCUCUUCUUCGGGUUGACAGACGCGCUAUCCUCGCCCGAAGCCGGCGGGGCCCACUUCCCACACUCGGACGAGGCCUCGCUUUCGACCGGCGGGCGGGAGGCUCUGUUCCCCGAGGCAGUUACCUAGACAGAAUGGCAGACCUGGUGGCUAUCUGGGAAGUAGCCCUGAGUGACGGCGUUCACAAAAUUGAAUUUGAACAUGGGACCACAUCAGGAAAGCGUGUUGUGUAUGUAGAUGGAAAGGAAAUAAUAAGAAAAGAAUGGAUGUUUAAAUUAGUGGGAAAAGAGACAUUUACAGUUGGAGCAGCUAACACAAAGGCUACUAUUAAUAUUGAUGCAGUCAGUGGAUUUGCAUAUGAAUAUACUCUGGAAAUAGAUGGAAAAAGUCUCAAGAAAUAUCUGGAGAAUCGGUCAAAAACAACAAACACUUGGGUAUUAAACCUAGAUGGUACAGAUUUUAGAGUUGUUUUAGAGAAAGAUACGAUGGAUGUCUGGUGUAACGGUAAAAAAGUGGAGACAGCGGGUGAAUUUGUAGACGAUGGGACAGAAACACAUUUCAGUAUUGGAAAGCACAACUGUUAUAUCAAAGCUAUCAGCAGUGGAAAGAGAAGGGAAGGAAUUCUUCACAUGCUCAUUGUGGAUGAUGGAGAAAUUCCAGUAGUUUUGGAAUAGCUUUCAAAGAUUAAUGCAGAUAAAAAUAUCAGGGAUUUUCAGUUACUGCGGUACAAUUGACAACUUUAAUGUGUACUUGUUCAUUGAGUCUCUGAUGAUUUUUUUUAAGUUAAGAGCAUAGAAAAUUCACUAGAGGGCCAAAUAAAUAUGUAAAGUUAUGUAUAAUCUAUUAUUUUGUUAUAUAGGGACACUGAAGGGGAAUCAACUAAUGUAGAAAUUGUUUACAUGGGACAUUUUAAUAAAAUAGUGCAGAAUAAAAGAGUUUGUUCAUUUA